AGUCUCUACCAUCCAUCUUCCAUCGACAACGACGUCAAACAGGUGGACUUUUUGGACAGACACAGACUCGAUAGUAAUCUUCGCUCCUCAGUGUAUCCUUCCUGCAUCAUUUGCGGAAUCCCCACGGUCAUCAUUCAAUCGCCGCCGCUCGCCCUUCCCUUCAUUCACCCCAAGCAUCAAUUCCAUUUGCGUGGUAAACGAAACAGCAUCAUGCUCUACUCGCCUUCAUUCACCUCGAGGUGAUAUAUCCAUCUCUCAAGGACGACGACAACGUCAAAGGCACAAGUUGACCUAUCAUGGUCAACUUCUCAGCCGGAUCAUCCCGUGCCUCGGCUGCCAAGAUCACUGUCAACAUGGCAGACAAAGGACACAGCGUCAUGAAAAUGGGCAUGGGCAUCGGUGAAAGCUCGACGACUAACAUGUCUACAUUGACAAAUGGGACCAUGGCGACGGGAUCGACAGCUAGGAAAGUCAGAACUGUGCCUCCAUCCGCCCAAUUCGAGCCUCCUUCUCCACCAUUCGCAGUGGUCUCGUCGCCCCUUGAGACGCCGCCUGAUGGGCCCGCCACUGUAAUGGCAGGCCCCUCUAGCGCAGCUCUAUCUCAGAAACGCCGCCCUCAUAUCGGAAGACGUUAUUCGACCUCGGAAGGGACAUCUUCAGGCACAAGCGAUUGGGAUAGCACGGAUGAAGAUAAUCCUUGGUGGACGUUCACGUCUCGAGGUAUGGCCAAGAUGAAAGCCAGAGCGACGAGGAAGAGAUCAGGUGAUAAGACGGAGCAGACUGUUCAAGAGUCCGGCAAGGAGACCGCGAUCUCUGGAGCCGAUCAAAUGAAAUCUGACAGGAAGUACCGCGUGAGAGAUCUAUACGGUCGAGGAAAGCAAAAGAGCCGAGAGAGCAAUGACAGCAAUGGCCGACCGAUCACAACUCAAAAGCCAAAAAGGAGACAGAGUGGGAUAGAUUCUGAUGGAGUCGCCUCCCCUUCACCUGCAUCCCUUGUCGUCCACCCAUUCCUUUCCCCGAGCGCUCCUCCGACGCCUCGCGAGCUCCAUCCGCAUACUCAUUUUUUCCGGCGAUCUCACUGGCGAGAUUCACCUACGCCUUUGAAUCUGCAAGUCCCCGCUCCGAAGCUCGCUCGAUCAAAUUCCGCUCCAUCUUCACCCACUCGUCUUCACUCGCACGUCAUGUUUGGCAGUCCAGAAGUCGUGUUGGAUCUUGACGGACCUCGAGGAAGUGGCGAUCCAAUCCUUGAGGGUGCCAGACCUGGGAAUCCACUAUCAUUGCCGAGGCGAGCUCCCAUAAUGAGGAGGCAAUCGACAACGCCAUACUUUUCCCGACUUCGACGGGCUCGCGGUGAUCUCACGGAUUUACCAACAGAUACGGAAUCACCUUCUGACCGCGACCGCGAAAGAAUCUUCAUUCGGCAUCGAAAAAUACCCGUAUCCAAGGACAGUAACGAGUCGUCGAAACAAAGAGGCAGUACGAACUCGAGCACAAAGAUCAGACGGAGGCGGGACAUAGACGAGGGUGGAGAGAUCCACACAGAUACUCCGAUGGGAGAGAGGAAUCGGAGAAGGUCCAUUAACAAGCUCAAACUUCAACUUCCGCCACCCAUCUCGGAUCAUUUCAAACACGGUUGGCCGCAAGCUGGAUCAUGGCAAGAUGCUCUGUAUGGGAUGUAUCCUGGUCAGCUUGCGACUCCACCGGAUCAUGCCGAAGCCAGUCCCUCGAAAUCGCACAGAUCGGGUACGAGAGAGCCUCGAGCGAGACCCCACAAUAUGCGUCGAUUGUCAUCUCUCAAUCCCAGCAGACGGCGAGAACCGAGGCAUUCUCCUGGAGAACGGGGGAUUGUUCCGACCGGAGAUGCUGAAGAGGACGUCUCGGAUCAGCUUGCUGCCCAAGAUCCAACGAGUCGGAAGAGCCGACGAAGACAGAAAAAGAAACGUUAUCGAACUGCUCUAGUUCCUCCAACACCAUCAGGUCUAGGAUUCGCCACUACCGAUGUGGAGAAUGGCAACAGCGCGGCGCAAGAACGGCAACAAGGUGGUGGGGUAGACCCUCACGACUUUGACUGGAAUACACCAGCGCCAACCGGAACCUUUGGCCCAUUACGAGCUUCACCAGUUGAACAUGUUCCUGACGAUCCAAUCAACGGUUUACGCAACAAGGAGAUGCCGGGUAACGGGGAUGCUUUGUCGAGGCAGACGACGUUAGCAACUGGCAAGAGUGAAGCGGCUUCUUUCACUCGAUGGGGUUGCUUCAGUACGCGGAUGAAGCGACGUAAGGAGAGAAAGCAGAUGAGAAUCAAAGAAGAUGAUUGGAAGAAGAAGGCAAAGAGAGUCCUUUUCCUCGAUGCUCGUGUGACAAUCUAUAUCCGAUUGAUCAAUCUGGCGGUCGUCCUCGCCGCACUUGCAUUGGCAGUGACUAUUCGACUUCGACUCGAUUCUCUCGGUAUACCCGGAGUCAUGGGCUCUUCUACAACGCUCAUCAUCUCCUAUGCCUCACUCACUUCUGUCCAUGUCCUUACUGCGAUCUACAGAGAGUACUUUGGCAGACCGAUCGGAUUAUGGGGCCUUCGAUCCAAGAUGCUCUGGGUCUGCUUGGAUCUCUUAUUCGUCGGUCUCUGGAGUUCAGCCAUCACAGACUCUGCAAAUGACUUUAUAGCCACGCCAUUGAUGUGCGCUCGAGGCAAAGCGUGGUGGGCUUCAGACCUCGACCCAGAUAUCAUGACUGUGACCGUUUCACGUUCAAGACUACACGCGAGGGACUUUUACGUCGAUCAGGAUACCUAUUCCGGUUUCAGAGCCUUAGAAAUGGUUCUCGCGGAUGAUAUCACCAAUUCUGCCUCGACAAGAGACAUUUGUCAACGACAGGGGGCGUGUAUCGGAUUAUCUUUGGUCGCUCUAGUUCUCUACGGUGGGAACAUGGUGUUGAGUCUGUUCAGAAUCUUUGAGACGGUCAGAAGGACUGCCAAUUUGGAAAGAGCUAUGGGCGCGUGAGACUCAAGAUAUCGAGUUGGAUCUUCUUCUAAAUACACGUUGUAUCAAAUAUCAGUCAUCAUCACUGUGGCAAUAUUGCGACUUCUCCAUGC